CCAACAUUUCUCAAUCUCUCUGACAAAAAAGUAAACACCAAAAACCCAAACCCAAUUUUUUUUUUUUAAAAAAAAACCACAACUAAUUUCUCACUCCAAACACGAAACUCUCCUCCAUAAUUUCCCAUUUCUGUUUCUCUUUUUCCCCCUUUUCCCCUGUAUUUUCUCCCUCUGCUUUUUAUUUUUAUUUUCCAUUUUUUUUAUUAAUUAAAUGGAGGAAGAACCAAAACCCCAGAAACAAACUAACCCAGAAAUUAAUUCUGAAAUUAAUAAUAAAACAUCUGAUAAUUCAAAGACUGUAACUUUAGCUUCAUCUUGUUCAAACAGUACUUCUUUCUCUAAGCUCUUACAAGGUGUUGUUAUGGCGGCUAAUUCUACUAUUUCUUCUGACCCUUCUCUUGAUAAUUCUGGCUUUCAGGGACAAUUUGGGAUGUCUCAUCAAGAAGCCUUGGCGAAUGUAACUGCUAAAGCAGCUCAAUCUCAAUCUCAUACUGAAAGGAAACUUCAAUCAUUCUCGGAGGAUAAAGUUGUUGAAGAACAUGAGAUAAAUAAAAUAAACUCCUCGUGCAAUACAGAUGAGUCUCCAGAUGAUGUUCCAAGGACACCUACAUCAGACGUCUAUAGCUGGAGGAAGUAUGGCCAAAAACAGGUCAAAGGUUCUGGAAGCUCUAGAAGCUAUUAUCGGUGCACUCAUCUCUCAUGCAGUGCCAAAAAGAAGGUUCAACAUUUGGACAAAUCUGGAAAAAUUAUCGAUGUUGUUUACAAAGAUGAUCAUAAUCAUGAACCUCCUCAAAUUCUUAAGGCUUCCACCCGAAAGAAGGAUUCAGCACCACGUGCCUUGAAUAUUGCUAGUGUACAAAAUUCCGAUUCUCCUCAUUCGCUUACAUGUGAGAGUGAAGUUAAGCCGUUAGUAGUACUGUUGCCUCUUGAAUGCCCGGGUAAUAACCUGAAAAGUGCAGCUGGAACACCAUCAAGCGAUGUUGAGGAGCAACAUACUAAGACAGUUGAUACUACUCCAAGACCCGAGAGUGAGCUUGCAAUAGUGCCAGUAGUAGAAGAGCAUAGUGAGGUGAGAUCUGGUAAUACUAGUGAACGUGCCAUGAUUGAUCCCAUGAAAGAGCUUGAUGUUGCCCCGUUAAAGAAACGAAGGAUAAAAGAAAGGGGCAAGGCAUGUUCAGAACCAGUAUACAGAACUUUCAAGGAUCCUAAAAUUGUAAUGCAUGCGGCUGGGGAUGCUGCAGUGUCCAGUGAUGGUUACCGGUGGCGCAAGUAUGGGCAAAAGAUGGUUAAAGGAAAUCCAUAUCCCAGGAGCUAUUACAGAUGCUCAUCUACGGGCUGCCCUGUCCGCAAGCAUGUUGAGAGGGCUACCGAUAAUUCAACAGCAGUGAUAGUAACUUACGAAGGCGAACACGACCAUGAUGUUCCUGUUCCCAAGAGGCAAUAUCAUCACUCCUCACCUAAUGCCACCACGAGUACCACUGCUUCUGGUGCAAACACGGUGUUGGACAAAUCAGAAUCAAAAUCUCCUUGUCAAGCGUCUGAAGAAGAGCGGCCCAAAGAUUUGGAGAGUGGGCCCGGAGAAGAGAAGGGUUCCGAAGCAGGCGGAGAUAAAGUUCUUGAAUCUGCUAGAACGCUUUUGAGCAUCGGGAUUGAACUUAAAUCAUGCUAAACUAUCUACUUUGACAAAUUCUUACAAAUUGUUAACGCUGUUGGUUGUACAUAGUUUGGUUCAUUACUAGUUCUAUAUUGGGCUGGCUAUACAUCUGAGAAAUCGAGUUACAAAUUCGACAGUAUUGUAUCGUUACAUUGUUUCAAAUUGUUCUACUAGGAUAGAGGGAUUACUCAAUAGGAAUCACUAAUAUUUGUUGUCUUUUUGUUAUUUUUUAAAAAAUUAUAAUUGGUGAUGCUAAAAAUUGCUAAGUAAGUUCAUCAUCUAGCUGCUUUUAUGUUA